GCACUGUUUUAGGUAGUUUGGUAAAUCCAAACCUGAUUUUGUGUGAUUUUGUUGACCAAAACAUAGAUUGGGUAAAUUUGUAACGUGAAAUCCAAAAGUAGGUAAUCAUUAGUUUUCUAAAAACAAAAAAAAAAGUUUAGAUCUAUCUUUCCCGCCGUGAACUGAAGCCAACGGUCCAGACCCAAUAAUGGUCCAAAAAAACUGACUUUGUGACAAUUUGGGUAUGAGGAUUAGGCAAUGUGGUUAUCUUUCUCUGUGAAAUUUGAGUCGUGGAAAUAUCUCUCUCUCUCUUGAUUCUCUCUCUUAAUUGUGAUCUCCAAGAUGUUGACAAGGAAGGGGAGGCACGAGGAGACGAUGAGGGAAGAAUCUCCAUAUUUGACCGACUCAUUGUUGUUCUUGGGCUACGCAAGCAAUGAUGAUAUUCGAUUACAACAAGAGCUUUUGUUCAUUUUGCAUAAGCUUCUGCGGCGGCACAAGUCUAUAAAUAUCUCAUAACCACCGCCCAUUUGGGUCAUUUCUGCGUUCCUGGAAGAGGAAAUGCGUUUCCGACCUUCUUUCUCCUUCCCCUUCUUCCCCUUCCUGUCUCUUCAACGCUGUCUCACCCUCACUUCAGAGUUCGAACAGAAGUUAUAGCUGCAGCCCUGAGAUUGAUCAAUUCAUUCAUUAUAUCAACAGAAGAAUCGGCCAAGGAACGAUACCAUUUCUCAAGGAACAGAAGGGAAAACAUGCCACCUUCAGUCCAUACAGAGUUUGAAGAGCAAAGACGUACACCAUGAUGGAUGAUCUCUGGACUAUUUUUUGUGGGGAGUCUGAUUGUUCAUAUGGAGGUGGAAAGCAGUGCUCUUCUGCUUUUAUGCUCGUCGCCCAUCCUUCUUCAUGUAUCAACAAUGUCUUGGUCACUGCCUUUGAUGUCCUGCUUCUGUUCAUGUUGUUAUUCAACUUCAUUUGCAAACCAUCACCAGCAAUGCUUCAGACGCCCUCCCGCUUCCAAGGCCUUUUACCUUCUCAGAUAUUCUCUGCAAUUUUUAACGGUGGUUUGGGCGUGGUUUACUUCAGUUAUGGGAUCUGGAUACUGCAAGAGUACUUGAGAAAUGUGCACACUAUUCUACCCCUGCAUCAGUGGCUGGUGCUGUUAUUUCAAGGCUUUACGUGGUUCCUACUUUCUUUAACCAUUAGCCUUCAGGGAAAACAACUUCCAAAAGCCUUUUUGAGGCUUUGGUCAAUACUUGCCUGCUUGUUCGCCGGAAUUCUCUGUGUUUUCUCUCUCUUGGCUGCCAUCUUAGUGAAACAAGCAUCGGUUAGGAUUGUUUUGGAUAUCUUAUCUUUGCCAGGAGCAAUUCUAUUGUUGUUAUGCACUUACAAGGUAUACAAAAAUAAAGAAAUUGGUGACGCUAUAAGCAGUCCUACCCUCUAUGCACCUCUGAAUGGUCAGGCCAAUGGCAGUAGUGAAAGUGAAACUGAUUUGGAUAGCAAUGUGACUCCUUUUGCUGAUGCUGGAUUUAUCAGUAAAAUGUUAUUUUUGUGGUUAAACUCCGUAGUGAGGAAAGGUGGGGAGAAAACCCUUGAGGAAGAAGAUAUACCUAGUUUACGUGAAGUAGACAGAGCAGAAACAUGCUAUACCCUCUUCAUGGAAAAACUUAACAAACGCAAACAGUCCAAUUUGUCUACCCCACCAUCAAUUUUGUGGACAAUAGUCUCUUGCCACUGGAAAGAAAUUUUAAUUUCUGGGUUCUUUGCAUCGCUUAAGGUAAUCACAAUGUCUGCUGGUCCUCUACUUCUUAACGCCUUCAUUCAGGUUGCUGAAGGAAAAGAAGUCUUCAAAUAUGAGGGUUAUGUAUUAGCCAUGUCUCUGUUCAUUGCAAAAUGCUCAGAAUCUUUAUCACAAAGGCAGUGGUACUUCCGAAGUAGAAUAAUUGGCAUCCAAGUCAGGUCUUUGCUCUCUGCAGCCAUUUAUAUAAAACAACUUAGACUUUCAAAUACUGCCAAGAUGAUGCAUUCAGCUGGUAAUAUAACGAACUAUGUCACCGUAGAUGCUUAUAGAGUUGGUGAAUUUGCUUACUGGUUUCAUCAAACGUGGGCAACAAGCUUUCAGCUUUGCAUUGCAUUAGUGAUUCUCUUCCAUGCUGUGGGACUUGCAACUUUUGCAGCCCUAGCUGUAAUAGUACUUACUGUCCUCUGCAAUUCUCCCCUCGCCAAACUACUGAACAAAUUCCAGACUAAGCUCAUGGUGGCACAAGAUGAAAGGCUGAAGGCUUGUUCUGAGGCUCUUGUGAACAUGAAGGUGCUGAAGCUCUAUGCAUGGGAGACCCAUUUCAAGGAUGUUAUAGAAAGAUUAAGGUCCGAGGAAUAUACAUGGUUGUCAGCAGUGCAAAUAUGGAAAGCAUACAACGUACUUCUGUUUUGGACAUCCCCCGUCUUGGUCUCAGCAGCUACUUUUGGGGCAUGUUACUUCCUCGAAAUUCCUCUCAAUGCUAGCAAUGUUUUCACCUUUGUAGCAACUUUACGUCUUGUCCAGGAUCCCUUUAGAACGAUCCCUGAUGUUAUUGGAGUGGUCAUUCAAGCAAAGGUUUCACUAGAAAGAAUUGUCAAGUUUCUCGAGGCACCUGAGUUACAAAAUGAAAAUAUUAGGCAGAAGGGCAAAGUUGAGGAGCUCAGGGUAUCUAUUUCUAUGAAGUCAGUGGAUCUUUCAUGGGAAGAGAAUCCAUCUAAGCUCACGUUAAGAAACAUAAACCUAGUGGUUAAACCUGGUGAAAAAGUGGCUGUUUGUGGAGAGGUCGGUUCGGGAAAAUCAAACCUUCUUGCAGCAAUUCUUGGAGAAGUUCCACUUGUAGGGGGUAAUAUUCAAGUUUAUGGAAAGAUUGCCUAUGUCUCUCAGAUGGCAUGGAUUCAAACAGGAACAAUACAGGGGAAUAUUCUGUUUGGUUCUCCCAUGGAUAAGCAAAGAUAUCAAGAGGUACUUGAGAAAUGUUCAUUGGUAAAGGACCUUGAGAUGCUACCUUUCGGUGAUCUAACUGAAAUAGGAGAAAGAGGAGUUAAUUUAAGUGGUGGUCAGAAGCAGCGCCUUCAACUUGCUCGUGCACUGUAUCAGGAUUCUGAUAUUUAUCUAUUGGAUGAUCCAUUUAGUGCUGUUGAUGCACACACUGCCACAAGCCUGUUUAAUGAAUAUGUGAUGGGAGCUCUAUCGGGAAAGGCAGUCAUACUUGUGACCCACCAAGUCGAUUUUCUUCCUGCUUUUGAUUCUGUUUUGUUAAUGUCUGAUGGGGAAAUCUUACAUGGUGCACCUUAUCACCAAUUGUUAGCCUCAAAUCGAAAAUUUCAAGAACUUGUCAAUGCACACAAGGACACUGCAGGUUCUGAACCGCUAGCUGAGGUUACUUCUCCCCAGAGGGUUGAAAUUACUUCCGGAGAGGUUAAGAAAAAGUACACUGAGAAACAGUUCAAAGCAUCAACAACAGAUCAGUUGAUUAAGCAAGAAGAAAGAGAAAUUGGAGAUACAAGCUUUAAGCCUUAUAUACAGUAUCUAAUGCAGAACAAAGGCUUCUUAUAUUUCACAAUUGCAGGUCUUUGUCACAUCAUAUUUGUGGCUGGACAGAUAUCUCAGAACGCUUGGAUGGCUGCUAAUGUUCAGAAUCCUCAUGUUAGCGAAUUGUUACUGAUCACAGUCUACUUGGUGAUUGGAUUUGGCUCAACAUUUAUUUUGGUCUUUAGAUCUCUUGCUGCAGUUGCUUUGUGUAUCCAGACAUCAAAGUCCAUAUUUUCUCAACUAUUGAACUCUCUUUUCCGUGCACCGAUGUCUUUUUAUGACUCAACACCACUGGGACGAAUAUUGAGUCGAGUUUCUUCUGAUUUGAGUAUUGUAGACGUUGAUGUCCCAUUCAUUUUAAUCUAUACUUUUGGGUCUUUUGCAAGUGCUUGUGCGGCUCUAGGAGUGUUGGCUUUUGUUACUUGGCAAGUUCUAUUUGUCUCCAUACCAGUGAUUUACUUGACACUACGCUUGCAGAAAUACUACUUUUCUUCUGCAAAGGAGUUAAUGCGGAUCAAUGGCACGACCAAGUCAUUUGUAGCAAACCAUUUGGCAGAAUCCAUUGCUGGAGCCAUGACAAUCAGAGCUUUUGAGGAUGAAGAGCGAUUUUUUGCUACAAAUUUCAAUGUCAUUGAUAGAAAUGCUAGCCCCCUUUUCCACAAUUUUGCAGCUAAUGAAUGGUUGAUCCAACGUUUAGAACUGUUAAGUGCCACCGUUCUUUCUUCCUCUGCUCUUGCCAUGGUUUUGCUUCCUCCAGGAACUUUUGGUUCAGGGUUUGUUGGAAUGGCACUAUCUUAUGGUCUUUUGUUGAACAUGGCCCUCAUUUUCUCUAUUCAAAACCAGUGUACGCUAGCAAAUUACAUCAUUUCUGUUGAAAGGCUAAACCAGUACCUGCAUAUACCCAGUGAAGCCUCUGAAGUAAUAGAAGAAAACCGGCCCCCACCAAGUUGGCCUGCAGUGGGUAAAGUAGAGAUCUGUGAUUUGGAGAUCAGAUAUAGGCCCGAUACUCCACUUGUUCUUUCCGGGAUCAGUUGUACAUUUGAAGGAGGACACAAGAUUGGUAUUGUUGGUUGCACUGGUAGUGGGAAAACAACUUUGAUCAGUGCUCUGUUUCGUCUUGUGGAGCCAGCAGAUGGAAAGAUCAUCAUAGACAACAUUGACAUCUCCACGAUAGGUCUUCAUGAUCUGAGGUCACGAAUUGGGAUCAUACCUCAAGAUCCUACGCUUUUCAAUGGGACCAUAAGAUACAAUUUGGAUCCCUUAUCACAAUAUACUGAUGAGGAAAUAUGGGAGGUCCUUGGAAAAUGCCAGCUUCAAGAUGCUGUAAAAGAGAAAGAAAAGGGUCUGGAUGGUUUAGUAAUUGAAGAUGGAUCAAAUUGGAGCAUGGGACAGCGGCAGUUAUUCUGUUUGGGCCGUGCUCUUUUAAGAAGAAGUCGGAUAUUGGUGCUUGACGAAGCUACUGCAUCAAUAGAUAAUGCAACUGAUGCAAUACUGCAGAAAACCAUAAGAACUGAAUUCACAGAUUGCACUGUUAUUACGGUGGCCCACAGAAUACCAACUGUAAUGGACUGCACAAAGGUGCUCGCCAUGAAUGAUGGAAAAGUAGUGGAGUAUGAUGAACCAACGACAUUAAUGAAUAGAGAAGGAUCAUUGUUUGGCCAGCUUGUCAGGGAAUACUGGUCACAUUUUCACUCAGCAAAUCAACAUUAGUUACUGAAAAACAGUCCUACUAUAAGUAAUAGUUUAAGUAGGGAGGCCCUGAGCAUGAAUGGAGAGAAGAGCUCCAAGGGCCCCACAUCCUUGUCUUGCCUAUGUAAUGUAUAUGAAGCUCUAAAGAAAUUUACUCAUUGAUUAAAAAAGGUAGUAUCAUGCAUUUGUCACA